UGUGGGUCUAAUGUGGUACGAGGAAUUGCUUUGAACUCGCGGAUCGAUGAAAGAAUUUGUAUGGGUCGCCGAUACCACGGGCUUCACAAUAGGACACGUGGGCCGUUUAAACUUACAAUCCAUAAAGAAAAUAAUGUACUAUAUCCAAGAUACGUUACCAAUACGCCUGAAAGCCGUACACAUAAUAAAUACGUCGCCAAUAGUCGAAAUGGCGUACAAUAUGAUAAAACCUUUCAUAAGUGCAGAAUUGAUACAUUUGCGAGAAGUGAUGAAAUGGCGCGAUAUACGGAGUGAUUCAGGACCUAUUCAGGAACAAACUUCAGGGAAUAUUACGUCUAUCUCACCAAGAGUAUCAAUCUUGUCGAGGAACUCGUGUCCUCAUAUGCGUAACUAUUUGAACCACCCGUGAGGUAGGCAACCGGUCGCGCGAGAAUAUUAUGCGUGAUGUUUGACAAUACUAGUUUAUGUGUUUUGGUUAUAUUUGUGCUUUAC